GUACUAUCAGUGAUAUUUGAAGAAAGACUUCCUUAGAAUUGGCACUGAUAUAAUAUUACCCCCUUUGGAGAAAACUUUAAAUAGCAGCAUUUUGCUUUAGCUGAAUGAUUUUGUGCUUGAAGACAAAGGUUUGUGGUGCACAUCGUCAACCUCAGCAGAACUUCAUUCCAUCGAUACCACAGCUCAAACCCUAGCCAUCACUUGAGACAUGUGUCAAGAAUUUCACUGCGACUGUUGCCCUGACAACCUUCCUCAAAUAGACUGUGUAUGUAAAGGUUGUUUCCAUGACAAUGAGUCUAUCAAAGAAAAAGAUGUCAAUAAAGACCAGGUUAACCCUGACUUAGCCAAAGGCGAUACUGUUCUUCAAGAUGGCACUAGAAAUGAUGGUGAGGAAGGUCAAUGUUACGACCAAGUUGCUGGUAUAGAGGCGCCUUCUUGCUGCAAAGGUGAGAAUGUUGGUAAAAAUCCAUGUUGUGAACAAGAUGUAGUUAAGGAGAGCGAAUGUUGUGCUCCAAAAGUACAACCUGAUACUUGUGAAGAAAGAUGCUCGCAAAAUUAUCUCCUUAGAGAAAAAGAAAAGAAAAAGCGUUGUCUUGAAGAGCAAUGUUGUCUUUCAAAAAAGCAACUCAGUGCUAUGAAAAGUUCUAGUGUGGAGAGAUGUUCUGAAAGAAAAGUAUCAGAAGAAGGAGGAAAAACAGAUAAUUCUUGUUGCUCGUCUCAAGAAAAGAAGCCUUGUGGCACGACAUCGAGUUGUGCUGCAGUUGAAAACCCUGGAAAGAAACCUUGCUGUUCGUUCAAAAAUGAACCUAGCUGCAGUGGAGGGGGAAAUGCUAAAUUUCAGUCAUUAUCGUUACAAGAAAAGAGCCAAGCAACUCUUUGCGCUGAUCAGGAUGACAAAUGCUGUGAAAAGAAUAAGAAUAAAGGAGAUAGUGGUUCCACCAAAGUUGAAGUAAGUUGCUGCAAGGAUAAAGAAGAAACUGUUUUAUUUCUCGAACCGAGUGGAGAAAAGAGCCGAGCAACCUGCUGUACUGACAAAGAUGACAAAUGCUGUGAAAAGGAAGACGAAGGGGAAUGUGUGUCGACAGAAGUCGAAGUGAGUUGUUGCAAAGUCAACGAGGAGACGGUGUUGCUCAUAGAACCGUGCGAAAAGCAACCGGAUCCUGAAAGCUCUAGCUUAGAAGUAAAAACCAAAGGAACUCUUCCUCGACGACACACCACCAAACUACGCGUACAAAAUAUCUGUUGUGCUAUGGAGGCUCAGCUAGUUCAAGAAUGCCUAAAGCCUUUGCAAGGGGUAGAAAAUGUUGCUGUGAACGUCAUUGGACGAGUGGUGCACGUACGUCAUGACCCGGAUGUGACGUCACCGACAGAACUCGUCGAGAGCCUGAACCGAGUCCACCUUGGAGCAACCGUUAUGGAAAUGGGUGCGCAUCACGAUAAAGAUAACGAUCAAAUUCCAUGUCUUUUUAAACUUCGCUGCAUUUAUCUACUCAUACAAACCUGUCUUCUCAUUACCGCUAUUGCGGGACAUUUUCUCAAACAGCCAUGGUAUAUGUGGGUUGCUAUCGCUGAGAUUAUCUUUGGAGGUGCUCCUAUAUUGAAACACGCCUUCUUUUCGGCCAAGAACCGAAAAGUUGACAUCAACAUCUUAAUGUUAAUUGCUAUUAUAGGCACCUUGGCUAUUAGUGAAUGGGUGGAGGGAGCUACUGUUGUCUACGUUUUUGCCUUCGCCGAUGCUCUACAAGAAUUCUGCAUGUUUCGAGUACAGCGGACAAUCUCCAGGCUCAUGCUCAAAAGACCAGAAGUCGCGGUGCUGGUCGAAACGGGAAAAAGUGUACCCAUUGAAAGUGUCGCUAUAGGAACACUGAUAGCAGUAAGGCCAGGAGAACUCAUACCUCUUGAUGGAGUGGUAGCCAAGGGGAAAGCAGCAGUCGACGAAAGUUCAAUCACUGGAGAAUCUUUGCCCGUAGAAAAAACUGCUUUCUCUAAGGUUUACAGCGGUACGGUCAACCAAAAUGGCUACAUUGAAGUUGAAACUACUUCAGAUUCUUCCACUUCAACGGUUUCGAAGGUCGCGCAGAUGGUCCAAGAAGCACAAUCAAGCUCUUCAAAGACAGAAGCGACCAUUAAUCGUUUUGCCAAAUACUAUACUCCACUCGUCGUGGUGGUUGCUGCUCUAGUAGUUGUCGUACCCGCUAUUUUGGGUGCUGCAGGUGUUGGCAAUUAUUUAGAGGAAAUCCGAGAAUGGGGUCAGAGGGCAUUGGUCAUUUUAGUCAUUGCUUGCCCCUGCGCUCUGGUCAUGGCCACCCCGAUUGCUGUCGUAUGUAGCAUUACUGCGGCUGCGCGGAAAGGAGCGUUGGUCAAAGGAGGCGAACACCUGGAGACGUUGUCCAAGAUUGAGGUACUUGCGUUCGACAAAACUGGAACAUUGACAGAAGGGAAAUUUCAGGUGAUGAAUAUGGAAUGUGCUUAUGGCGAGAAUGAGAGGGAUGUCCUACGCUUAGCAGCGGGGUUGGAGAGCAAAUCCGUGCAUCCAAUUGCUGCAGCAAUAGUCAACGAAUUUUCUGGUUGCGUCGCAGAAAUGGUUAAGAACCAGGUGAUAAGUUUGCCCGAGGUUACUCAAUUCAAGAUGUACGAAGGAAAAGGAAUAUCAGGGCUUAUUGAAGGUAAACUUGUCCGCGUUGGUAAUAAGGAAAUGGUUGAUCAAUGCGGGGCAUCUCUAACUGAAGCAAUGGCAGAGAAGUAUGAGCUGUGGUCAAGCGAGAGUAAGACUGUGGUGUUCGUUUGCGUCAAUGAAAGAUUGUCCCUCAUGAUAGCUCUAGCUGACGCCAUACGCCCCAACACGUCGACCAGCCUCGAUUGGCUGAGGAACAUCGGUGUUCAGACCUCCAUGAUCACUGGAGACAACUCACGGACAGCAGAUGCCGUGAGCAGGAACCUUGGACUAGAUGAAUGCGUCUCUGAGAUGAAACCCCAUGUCAAACUUGAAUGGAUUCAAGAAAAGCAAAAAAGUAAGAUGGCUCCAGGCUCCACUGACCCACCUGAAUAUAAAUGCCAAUCAUGCAAGCUUUGCAGAAGAUCACGUGAUCCACAGCUUAUGGUGGGGAUGGUUGGCGAUGGAGUCAACGAUGGCCCUGCUCUGGCCGCGGCGAAUGUCGGAAUAGCUAUGGGUGCAGGGGGCACUGCCCUAGCUGUGGAGGCUGCAGACGUUGCAUUGAUGAGUAACAACCUUGCAAAGAUCCCUGAGCUCAUCUGUCUUGCUAAGUUCUGCAGCCUGAUCGUGAAGCAAAAUAUCGUCUUUUCCGUACUCUUGAAAAUAAUCAUCGUGAUCGUAGCUCUAAGUGGGUAUGUCACCCUGUGGAUGGCUGUAGUAGCCGACGUGUUGGGGUUGUUAUUUGUCAUUAUCAACGGACUGCGUCCUCUGAUAUGGAAGGCGUCCAAGAAACACACCAAGGGUAACAAGGAUAUCGAACUAGUCGUCAAAAAGAGAGCUAGAUCCUCUUACACAUAUGAAUCAAUCGUGUAAAGCUGAGCACUGGAGUAGGGAGGGGGGACGGGGACACGUGCCAAAAGUUUGCUCUUGGCACCAAAAUGUAAGUAAUUCAUUCAUGACAGAUUCCUUUCGAUUUGGCGGGAAAAUGGUACAUCUCCCACCUGUAAUUGAGAUCUCGCUCCGCCCUUGUAGCCGAGGACUCGGAUAUUUUUAUAAUGCGUACUGCUAAACAACUAGUUUUUCUACGAAGAUACGUUUUUCAGAGAUUCACUGAACAAUCAAGACCACACAUACUUUUUAGCCAAAUAUCUAAUGGCGAGUUUCCUGUGUAAUAACCACACACGUUUUAGCCAAAUAUCUAAUGGCGGGUUUCCUGUGUAAUAACCACACACUUUUUAGCCAAAUAUCUAAUGGCGGGUUUACUGUGUAAUAACCACACAUACUUUUUAGACAAAUCUAAUAGCGAGUUUCCUGUGUAAUAACGCUGUUACCUGAAGUAGGAAGCCUAGUUCAAUAACUAUUUUUCUUUAAAAUAUUCUUCAGUACUUGAAUUCCACUAGUUGAUCACAUCUACACUUCUAGUUUAUAAGGGGUUUGGGAUUUUUAGGGGAUUUUAGUCUCCUGGGGCAGAAAAUAACAAAGCAAAUUUACAAUUUAUUUUCUAGUGUAAAAAAAAAAAAAUCAUGAAAAUUUAGGAAUCAGAUUUAAUUUAAUAAUUGUUAAUAAAUCAAGUUAAAAAAUAAUAAAUUAAUUCCAGGUCUAGUAGAUUGAAAAUCAAGAAAAUCGUUGUGCAUGCACUAAUGUCAAUAUAUUCGUGUUUAUGUGAUGUAGAAAUUCAAACACGAAUUUUAUUAAAUGGUCCCCGUAUGGAAGUUUGGGCGCGGGGAAACUGAUAAUCAAUCUUGUUUUCCUUCACAAACUUUCAUCAAAAGAAAAAAAAACCAUAUUAAUCACAUCCAUUGGAAAUAAAAUCUAGUUUUAUUCCAUUUAUCAUUAGAAUUGGUGUUUACAAACAUACGCAUUGUGAUAUAAUGUUAAUUUGCCAACCAUUAUCACUAUCGUUCUUGCCAAGUUGCUUUGGUUCAUCAGCGAAUACAUCUAUUCAAAAAUAGGUUGAAUAGUGCAUUCCAAGACCAAAGGGCAUUGUGGGUCUCAUAAAUUUGAAAUAAAAAGUAAAUAUACAGCAAUUAACUCUCUACAUGUAGUUAGUAUAUUGUUUCAGAUGGAAUACACUAAAAAUAGAAUAGAUCAUUAUUAUUAAGCCUUUGUUAGACAAUGUCAAUAUGACCCACAAUGCAAUUCGGUCUUGGAAUGCACUAUUCAGUAGUCAGUAUUCAGUAUUCAACCUUUUUUAUCUGUAUAUCUGGUUGGCAUAGUUGUGAUAAUAGCUUUUAUCACAAAAACUAGCGCUAUACGUUCUGGGUAAAGAAUAAAAGUUCUAGAACAAAAUUUAUAAUUUAUGAAGACAAAAAGUUUCCAAUGAAUAAGAUUUUUAUCCAAAAUUCUAUACUGAAUCCUUAUGUGAGUAAAAUUUAUCUAUGAACCAUAUUUGAUAUAUCAAAUUAAUUGUAAUAAAGUUUCAAAGAGUGACUUCA